AUGGAGCUGCUCCAACUACGAACUCGGAACAUCGCUUUCACUGAUAGGUUGGCCUUCGGUCUUUACUUUCCGGUAAGGACUCUCUUUAGAGCUCCUGGCUCAACAGCCCUUGGAACUACUGAUCAUCUGGUCAUCCGCUUGGAAAUAGACUUGCCUCUGGUCUUCACUAUUGGGUAUGAUAGUCAUGGUAUCUACGGGAGCAAGGGCUCAUUUGCAUCGUUAAACGAGAGUUUAGGACCAGCUGCGUAUUUUAGUUCUGGUAUAAGCCAAGCCCAAAGGAAUGCUCUUUUCGGGCUAUCAGGCCCGUAA